AUGCCCCUAAUCCAGCUCCAGCCCCAUCCGUUCACAGUCCUACCCGCCCACCCAUCUCUUCCAUCUCGGCCCACGCGCCCAGGAGCAAGACAGGUUGCGAGCACCGCUCUCCAAGAAGCUCUCGAGCUCCUCAAUUCAGACCUCCCGACCUGGGAAAAAGACCCCAAAGCGCGCCGCUCAUCCCCAGCAUAUGCAGAAAUCCGUCUCUCUCGAAAAUGGCGCAAAUACGAGCAGACUUCGGAAUCUCCAUCCAAACGCAAGCCUGAAUUCUGGGUCUGCCGCCAAAGCGAACACCCCGACGCAGCUGUCGCCGGUAGCGCGUCGUGGACCGAAUUCGAAGAUGGGUUGCGAUCAGAGCAUGCCGAGCACGAAAUGGAAUAUACUCCUAGUGUCACCGGCGUUGAGCGAUUACUUCAAUGGACAGAGCAGGAGAUCGGGGAGCUUGAUAUGAAUGGAGUCACGUUUAAAGAUGUGGAUGUUGAGGUCAAUCUCAUCACUCACACAUUUCACCCAACAGCUAUAAUUUCCCCACGCUCCUUCAUCUCAUUCACCAUCUCCGCCACAUAUGAUGCACACAGCAACGAACCUUCUCACCCAUCUAAAGGAUUCAUGACUGUUCAAAUACCCCUCUAUGCAGACCGAUUCACUACACCCACGGCUAUUUAUGAAAAGAUCAAAUCGACCGUAUCAAAGCGCACAAUCUUCGCCAACUACGCCAGUGUCGAGCGCGUUGCGAAGAAGAAUCGUCCCCCAGAGCCUUCUUCGCAAUCUGGGGAACGCCAUGUGUACCCACCACUUAUUCAAUGGACUAUGGCGACUACCUCUGAUGCUGGCGGGUCGAUUCCACAAUGGGUGCAGAGGAAUUGGACGCUUGGUGGCGUGCCUCGCGCGAUUGUAGCGGAUGUGGGCUUGUUCAUUGAUUGGACUACGAAACGGCGGGCUUUGGCAUAG